AUGGGUAUAACAGAGUCCGCUCCAGACAUACAGUCAGUCGCCGCAAGCACUAUAGCGUUAUCGGAUACAGAACUCGUACUCGGAACAGAUCAUUCACCUGCUUACUGGCAUCAAAACUACUUAAAUAGCGUUCUCCGUAGUACAAGCAACAUCCUCAAUCAAUCAGCAAGUGCGCGCAAUACAGAGACCGCCCUGUUGCAGAUCAGGGACUACUUCCGAUGGCAUCUUCAACAGAGCAACUUUCCGAUUUCUGGAGAUUCGUCUUUCACCAAUGUCCCAUCGCGGCAUAUGGAUUUGCAAAUCGAAAAGAAUGCGUACGAUCUGACUGGAGUAUUCACUCACGCUGUUGAUCAACUUGCUAAAAAAGUGCCGCGGCAACCGUGGACUUUGAUCAAUACGGGCUGCGAUAUGGCGAGGGUCGUUUUUCAACAACAGGAGCAGGACCUAAUCAGAGUGCUCUUUUUACUAUUUACAGACCAGCGAUGGUACGACUUUCCCGAUUUGCGGCUUCAUCUACUCAGGUUUCUUGCAUCAACAGCCGAACAGGUUUUAGGUUCUUCUCACCCCUUAACUGUGAUCUUACGCUUGCUUCCCACUUACAAUACACUUGUCGACUCUGCCGAGCCGGCCCUGAAGUUAAUGCUAGACAUGGUUAUUGAGCGUUCCGAUAAUAUCUCCAGCGACAUUUGCCGGUACCAGUGGGCUUUGAGUGAUCUACUUAGAAUGCAAAAAAACUUCCCUGCCGCUGCUGAUAUAUGCCAGAAAUUAAUUCGGGAGAGCAGCAAGGCGAACGGUUAUGCUCAUAAAACUACUCGCAUCAGUAUGCGCAGACUUGGACGCAUAUAUUAUGACCUGGGCCUUUACAACGAGGCUGAAAAGGUACUUUUGGAAGCCCUCUCGGUCGGCCUCUCUGAACACGGACCGCAGCAACCAGAUAUAUGCGACAUAUAUACGUGCGACCGUCUAGGAUUCGUUUACCUUGCGAAAGCUGACUAUACCCGAUGUGAAUACUAUUGGAACAGAGCACUUAACUGGGUUCAAAAGAGAUGGCCCGGCGACGACCUGAAUGCCAUGGCUUUCUCUCAACAGCUCGAAAAGGUUCUUAUACUAAAACGCAAUGGCCAUACCCGAAUACAGGGAUGGUAA